GGUAUGCGCACCACUUAUAUAAAUUGUAUUAUUUGUAUUACGUCUGCGCGCGACAGAACGACCAGAGUGGUGUGCCGUGUGCGUGUCGUCAGAACUCAGUAGCUGGAGGAAUGGCGGGCGGGGAGUAGGUGAGUAAGCAAACGGGCGAGCGGGCGACCUUCGACGGCGUGUACGGUUUUCCGUUGUUGGGUACUUUUAUUCUUAUUAUUAUUUUUUAUUAUUUAUCGUUAUCGUUUCAAGGGAGAAAAAGGGGGAAAAAGAGAUAAAUACCCGAGCGCUUGCCGCGACGACGCUCUGAACUAUGUAAUACUGCGGCUCUAUCCGACGACAUCGCGAUUCACGACGACGACGACGACGAUGAUAAUAAAAAAAACUAGCGGUAGCGGAUCCCUUAUCUCUCCGUCUCUCUCUCGGCGUUCGGCGUACAUGUCGUCCGGUCGUCGGUGUUGUUGUUAUUAUUAUUACUAUUAUCAUCGUUACCGCACGACGACUACUAUGGCGGUAUUAUUGAUGUAAUUAUUAUAAUUGUUGUUGUUGUUGUUGCCUGUUACGCAUGCACGCGCACAACGCGUCGCCGCCGCGCGAUCUCCGUCUUGCCGGCACAUCGUUCGUCCGACGGCGAUUCGCCCGGUGAACGUGCGCGUGUCCAAUUCGCCGGAUCCGGCUCCGUCCGUCCGACCGCGUGCCCCAGGCUCCGAGGACGUCCGCCGACCGUGGUUGCAUCGUGUUGAUGUCCAUCGACAACUGUGGCCCGUUUUCAAUUUAUAAUAAUGGAAAAAGAAAACAAAUGUAAAGCUUAAUAAUGGUUUCAUACUCAGAUAGUGUAACAUCUAAUUUAACGGCGAUCGCCAAUAAUAAUAUUCAACAAACUGAUCAAGCAAUAUUUGAAGCUGAUAAGCGAGCUGUUUAUAAGCAUCCACUUUUUCCCUUACUAGCAUUACUCUUUGAAAGAUGUGAACAAGCUACUCAGUCAGCAGCGAUUUCAAAUUCUGAAAGUUUUAAUAUGGAUAUACAAGCCUUUGUCCAACAUCAAGAAAGAGAUAGAAAACCAUUUUUGAUUAAUGAUACAGAAAUCGAUGGACUGAUGAUAAAAGCUAUUCAAGUAUUGCGAAUACAUUUAUUAGAACUAGAGAAAGUUCAAGAAUUGUGCAAAGAUUUUUGUAGUAGAUACAUAACAUGUCUCAAAAUUAAAAUGCAAAGUGAAAAUUUAUUGCGUUCCGAUUACACAUCUGGUUACUUAGAAAAUAAUAGCAGUGGUAACUCAAGUAAUAGUAAUUCUCCAUUAUGCCACUCUCCACACCAUAGUCAGGUGAUAUCCUCUUCAGGAGUUUCUGUGCGGCAGUCUGGAGACAACGAUGCUAUAAAACCAAAGACAAUAAUGGAUUUAAAAAACAUAACCAGUCUUUUGUCGAAUAUACCAUCUUCCACAUCUAUAGAAAUGAAAGAUGUAACUCAAGUAUCUGAUGUUUCACAACUUGAUUUGACAGUCACCAAAUCUACGCUUCAAAAUUCUUCUUUAGAAAAAACACCAUUAUCAGCAAUCGGUACAAAUGUAUUACAGAGUAAUGUUUCUAUUUUACAUGGUUCCUUAUCAGCGACUAGUGGUGGCUCUUGUGAUGAAGAAGAUGACUAUUUUGGAAGUAAAAAAAAAAGGCAACAAAAAAGAGGAAUUCUCCCUAAACAGGCUACAAGUGUAAUGCGUUCUUGGCUUUUUCAACAUUUAAUUCAUCCAUACCCUACAGAAGAUGAAAAAAAAAAAAUUGCAGCACAGACUAAUUUAACAUUGUUGCAAGUAAAUAAUUGGUUUAUCAAUGCUAGGAGACGAAUAUUACAACCAAUGCUUGAUGCUUCCACACCUGAUAUUGCCGGUGAACAAAAUUUUACUCUUUCUAAAGAUAAGUCUGUAAUUGUUGAUAAUAACAAGUUUUCAUGGCCUGUUGAUGAUAUAUUACAAUCUCAAAACGUCAAUGAAAAUUCAAACGAAUCAAAUUUUGGUGAAAGUGAUGCAGAGGAAGAAGAAGAAGAAGAAAUUAGUGAUAUUUUUUCUCAACAUAGUGUUAAUGAAUCAGAUUAGUCAGUGUUUCAUAAAUAAUUUUAAAUGUACAAUGUUCAUGAAAUAUUAUCUUCUUAUAUGUAUACUUAUAAAGAAUACAUUCUAUUAUACUACUUACGGUUGAGUAUCCGUUUUAAAUGGUGAAAUUAAUAAUAUAAUGUUGGAUCUAUUAAAUAUGUAUUACACAGUAGACUAGAGGUCUCCAAACUCUUCACGGUACGACCCAUUUUGGAAAAUGUUCAAAUUUUGACGAUCUACAAUGUAUACUAAUGUCAUUUUAUUUUUCAUUGAUAAUCAAUAUUUUUGCGAUAACUUUUAGUCUAACGGCGUUGUGAAAAUGCGUCACUGGUACACUUGAAAUCGUCGUGGAUAAUGAUAAAUGAUAAAACUAAUUUUGAACAUCAAUGUAAGAUUUAUUUACACGGCAAAUACUCAAUCAUAUUUAUUUUAAUUUAUAUAUAUAUUAUAGUGUAUAAUUUCUUUUUUAGAGUAAUCCGAUAUCAAAUGUUUUUUAUUAUACAAAUAGGUAUAUAAAUAUUCCAAAACCUGAUAUGACCCACCAAAAAUAUAAUCAUGGCCCACUUUUGGGUUGCGACCUACAGUUUGGAAACCUCUGCAUUAUACUAUGUGAGAUAAUUGACUUAAAACUUUUAUAAUAUAAUACAAAAUCUGUAAAAUUUAUUGAAAAUAUUUGAUAUGUUUCAUAAAUUGUAUAAAACGGUUAAAAGUACUUAAGUGGAUAUAACUGUCAUUAAAUGAUCCGAUGAAGUGUGUUUAUAUGAAAUGAUUAAAUGUUCCAAGCCUUUAUAAGUAUUAUAAGUAAUAAUAACUAAUCAAUGACUGUAAAAAUAAUUUGUACAAAAGUAAAUGUUGUUUAGAAUAACAAUUGAUUGAGGUUUAACUAGAAAUAUUGCAUCAUUUGAAAAAUUAUAGAAAUAUAAUAUUAUUAAAUGCUAAUGAUUUAAAAAUUGAAACUAUUGUACUUCCGUUUAUAUCUUAAGUUGUCCAUCUCUAAAGUAUUUUAAUAUUAAUUUGCAAAGCUGGUUAAUAUACAAUUUUAUAUUUUUAGAUAUGUUUUCCUUUUUACAUAAAGACUACAUCAUUAUAGAAAUAAUAAUACUACUUUUAUGAGAAAUUGACCAUCAACUCUUUACUUAUUGUAAUAAUUGUUUAUAAUAAAAUCACAUCAGUUUUCCUCAGCCAACAUUUUAUAGCUUUAAAAUAAUGUUAUAACACCAUAAUAAAACUAGUGGAAGGCAAAUUCUUAUAUUUACUAAAUUUGUUAUUUUUUAUUAAAUAUAUAUAUACAUUCAAAAUAAAUUCUUAUUUCAUAAAUGUAAUUUACAUUUGUAAAUUCAUAACUUUUUUGGUUUAACUCUUUCAUUACCUAAUUUUACAUUUUCUUGAAAAAUUGUUUGUAUUCAUAAGUACUCAAUUAUUAUUAGGGUUAACUUAUUUUUUUACUCUCAUUCUCGUCUUAUAUUAUGUAUUAUUAUAAACAAAUUAAUUAUAUUUUAGAAAAAUUCUGCAUAAUUAUUAUAAUAAAUAUUGUACAAUGAAUCUUCAGUAUAAUAUAUUGUAAUCUUUUGUGAAAUUUUAAUGAUUUUAGAUUUGAGGUAAUGUGUUAUAAUUUUAGUGAACAUUAAACAACCCUCUACAAACUAAUAAUUUACAAAAAUAUUUUGUUAUUUAUUUGAUUUUUUUCAAUUAAAAAUGUAUUUUAUA